AUGGAAGAAGGACUGAAGAAGCAUUUGCUACAAGCUGAUCAGACUGGAUUCAAAUGCUUGAUAGAUGUGCACCAUAAGGAUGAAGCGAAUGAUGAUGAGGAAAAAGAUCUUAAAACAAGGGUGAUUAUUGAAUCAAAAAAGCUAUGGCAAGUUGCUGGCCCGGCCAUCAUCACCCGCUUAGCCAAUUACUCCAUGAAUGUCGUCACACAAGCCUUCGCUGGCCACCUUGGUGAUGUAGAACUAGCUUCAAUUUCCAUAGCUAACAAUGUCAUUGUUGCUUUCAACUUCGGCCUUCUGCUUGGAAUGGCAACAGCAUUGGAGACACUAUGUGGACAAGCAUUUGGAGCCAAGAGGUACAAUUUACUAGGCAUACACUUGCAAAGGUCGUGGAUCGUUCUGCUUCUGGCGAGCAUUUUAUUAUUGCCAAUGUACAUUUUCGCCACACCAAUCUUGAAGCUGUUUGGCCAACCGGAAGACGUAGCUGAGCUAUCUGGAUUAAUCUCAAUUUGGUUCAUACCCCAACAUUUAGGCAUUGCAUUUCAAUGCUCAAUGCAGAGAUUCUUGCAGAGUCAACUCAGGAGUGAUGUGGUGGCAUAUGUCACAACGUUUACCUUGGUGUUUCAUGUGUUCAUUAGUUGGCUUAUGGUUCAUCAUUUUCAGCUUGGAGUGAUAGGUGCGGCCGUUGCUUUGGACAUCUCUUGGUGGGUUUCGGUCUUCGGCUUGUUGAUUUAUAUUGUCGGUGGUUGGUGUCCUCUAACAUGGACUGGAUUUUCCGUGGAAGCCUUCUCGGGGCUUUGGGAGUUUCUCAAAGUUUCUUCUGCUUCAGGAAUCAUGCUUUGCUUGGAGUUUUGGUACUAUCGAAUUUUGCUACUAAUGACUGGCAACCUAAAGAACGCCACUAUAGCUGUCGAUGCACUAUCAAUAUGCAUGAGCAUCAAUGGAUGGGAAAUGAUGAUUCCAUUAGCCUUUCUGGCAGCAACCGGAGUGAGAGUAGCGAACGAGCUAGGUGCAGGAAAUGGAAAAGGAGCAAAAUUUGCAGCCAAGGUGUCCUUGGUUCAAUCCAAUAUUAUGGGGAUCAUUUUCUGUGUGCUUAUACUGAUAUUCCAUCAGCAGUUGGCCCUCAUCUUUUCAUAUAGCAAAGCUGUGAUUAAAGCUACCGAUAACUUUUCACUUCUUAUGGCUCUUACCAUUCUGCUCAACAGCAUACAACCAGUUUUGUCAGGGAUCGCCAUUGGAUCAGGGUGGCAAUCAUUGGUUGCCUACGUUAACUUAGGAUCCUACUACGUUGUGGGAGUCCCGCUUGGUGUAGUUAUGGGUUGGGUAUUCAAUUUUGGUGUUGAGGGAAUUUGGGGCGCAAUGAUCUUUGGUGGAACUGCUUUGCAAACAGGAAUUCUUGCUGUCAUUGCAUUGCGUCGAGAUUGGGACAACGAGGCUAGACAGGCAAUAUCGCAUGGAUGA